CUGUAGGUGGAAAGAAGACUGCAGAUGAAGACCUGUGAAGGAUAUCCUGUGAGGUGCACCUGCUAAAUGAAGAGCAGGACGGAAAUUUAUGUUGGGCAAAUUUUUCACUGAAGCUCAACCACGCUGAACUGAACCACAGCUCCAACAUGACAGCUGCCACAAAGCUCCUGGAUGAAAUGUGCCAUCUGACGGCUCAGUCUCUGACACCAAUGGACACAUCAGAGCACUUCAAGGUCCUAAAGCUCCUGGGUGAAGGGUCAUAUGGCAAAGUCAUGCUAGCUGUACACAGGAAGAGAGGUACUCCAAUGGCUCUGAAAUUCUUCCCUCGUGAGUCCACCUCUCUUUUCUCUUUCCUGAGGGAGUAUAACCUCUCUCUGUCGUUCUGUACCCACCCAUCCCUGACCAGAGCGCUAGGAAUCGCCUACUCCACGCCUUUGCACUACGUCUUUGCUCAGCAAGCAAGCCUCUUUGGUGAUCUCUAUGAUGUCAUCUUGCCUGAGGUCGGUAUGGAGGAGGACUGUUGUCAGCGGGUGGUGUCCCAGCUGUGUGGCGCUCUGUCCCACCUGCACUCUCUUGGUUUUGUCCACAGAGACGUCAAACCAGAGAACAUCUUCCUGUGUGACUCUGCCUGCCGCUGGGUCAAACUAGGAGACUUUGGCAUGGUGAAGGCCAGGGGCACAAGGGUCCCGGAGGUCUGGUAUAGCUCUCCCUACUGUACCCCUGAGGCCGAGAUCGCUCGCGGAAAUGAGGAUAGCUGGAGAAGCAUGAAUGAUGGGAAUGAUGGUGUUAAGGAGGAUGGUGAGAAGAAAAAGAAGGCACGAGUUUGGGUGUCUGUGGAGCCUAGCACGGACAGCUGGGCGCUGGGGAUCCUGACCUACGCCAUGCUCACCGGCAGUCAUCCCUGGGCUGAAACAACCAGAGACUGCCACUCAUACCUGAAAUAUCAGGAAUGGUUUGACACAGCAAAAAGCCCUGAUGACAAACUGGACGUGUGGGCAGAGCCACAGGGUGAGAGCGCACAGGAUGUCAUUGAGUUAAUUGGGGUAGAACUUGAACAGAAAGAACGUCCUCCCACAGCGCCCCAGUUUGCAUGUUUGACCCCGCUGGCCUGUUCCUUCUUCCAGUCGCUCCUCGACCCGAGGCCUCGGCUUCGUGGACGACCUGAGGAUAUGCUGAGUUACCUCGGAGGGGACUGGGUGAUGGAGAGGGAGAGGAUGCGGCUGGAGGAGGAGAGGAAGAAGAGCAGAGGGAAAGGAGCAAUCAGGAACAUGAAAGAGAUGGAGGGAAGAGGAGAACGAUAGGGAGAUUUGUAA